AAAAACCUCAGCACCACGUGCCUUAGACAAACCUGCCUGCGACUGACUGCCUAGAGCUAGAGAUCUCACUCACCCAGAGCCAGCAUGUCGGCUGUGGUCCUGGAGAGCCAACGCAUGGGCAGGAAACUCUCUGACUUUGGCCUGGAAACAAGCUACAUUGAAGACAACUCUGGUAAAAAUGGUGCCAUCUCACUGAUCUUCUCCCUCAAAGAAGAAGUUGGUGCUCUGGCCAAAGUCUUGCGCUUAUUUGAGGAAAAUGAUAUAAACCUGACCCACAUCGAAUCCAGACCUUCGCGUUUAAAGAAAGAUGAGUAUGAAUUUUUUACUCACCUGGAUAAACGCAGCAUGCCUGCUCUGGCCAACAUCAUCAAGAUCUUGAGACACGACAUCGGUGCCACCGUGCAUGAGCUCUCCAGAGACAAGGAGAAAGACACAGUGCCCUGGUUCCCCAGAACCAUUCAAGAGCUCGACAAAUUUGCCAACCAGAUUCUCAGCUAUGGAGCGGAACUGGACGCCGACCACCCCGGUUUUAAAGAUCCUGUGUACCGAGAAAGACGGAAGUAUUUUGCUGACAUAGCCUACAACUACCGACAUGGGCAGCCCAUCCCUCGAGUGGAAUACACGGAGGAAGAAAAGAAAACAUGGGGGACGGUGUUCAAGACGCUGAAGUCCUUGUAUAAAACCCACGCUUGCUACGAGCACAAUCACAUUUUCCCACUUCUGGAAAAGUACUGCGGCUUCCGUGAAGAUAACAUUCCCCAGCUGGAAGAUGUGUCUCAGUUUCUGCAGACUUGCACUGGUUUCCGCCUCCGACCUGUGGCUGGCCUGCUUUCCUCUCGGGAUUUCCUGGGUGGCCUGGCCUUCCGGGUCUUCCACUGCACACAGUACAUCAGACAUGGGUCCAAGCCCAUGUAUACGCCUGAACCUGACAUCUGCCAUGAGCUGUUGGGACACGUGCCCUUGUUUUCAGAUCGCAGCUUUGCCCAGUUUUCCCAGGAAAUUGGCCUGGCCUCUCUGGGUGCACCUGACGAGUACAUUGAGAAGCUUGCCACGAUUUACUGGUUUACUGUGGAGUUUGGGCUCUGCAAGCAAGGAGACUCCAUAAAGGCAUAUGGUGCUGGGCUCCUGUCAUCCUUUGGUGAAUUACAGUACUGCUUAUCCGGUAAGCCGAAGCUCCUCCCCCUGGAGCUGGAGAAGACAGCCAUCCAGGAGUACACAAUCACGGAGUUCCAGCCCCUGUAUUACGUGGCUGAGAGUUUUAACGAUGCCAAGGAGAAAGUGAG